CUUUCUUCAUCUACAAAUGUAUGUUGUAAUUUGAUAUCCAUUAUACAUAUAUAGCCUUAUUUUUUUGUUGAUCUGGAAAAGGGAUGUCGAAUCUAUGACAUUAUAACAUAAAGUCAUAGGUCGGUGUUCGCGGAUCACGAAGUCUUGAGCGUAUUACGUGAAUCAACUAUGGGGCAGCAAUUGUUGCAUGGGACACUAUAUGCAACCAUCUUUGAGGUUGAUAAGAUAUCGAGUGGUCUCUUUGAUUUUUGUAGUACUGUUCAGGAUUCCUCUGCAAAAUCGUCAACCAAAAAGUUCCUCAACAGCAUCAAGAGAUUCAUAUUGUGUAGGCCAGAGAUUACAGGUACUAAGCUCUAUGCAACCAUUGAUCUAGACAAGGCAAGAGUGGGGAGGACCCAAGUGGUAGAAAACCACCAUUACCACCAUUCCAAUCCCAUAUGGAACGAGUCAUUCCGAAUCUACUGCGCCCACGCAAUCUCCCACGUCAUUUUCACGGUGAAAUAUGACGACCCAAUCGACGCCACGCUCAUCGGAAGAGCCUAUCUCCCGGCGGCGGAGGUGGUGAACAAGUACGUGGUGGACACAUGGCUCCCAAUUCUCGACGAAGAAGGCAUUCCCAUCCACGGCCACCCAAGAAUCCACAUCAGAUUACAAUACUCGAGCGUAAAAGAAGAAGACGAUUGGUCUAGAGGGAUCCCGGCGCCGGAUUCCGGCGCCGUCCCGUUCACCUUUUUUAAGGAACGGCAAAAUUGCAGCGUCAGGCUUUACGCCGACGCCCACGUCCCCGACGACAAGAUGGCUAAGUAUCUCCAAGAUCAGGGCUUCGCCGACCCCGAUCGGUGCUGGGAAGACAUUUUUCAGGCGAUCGUUAAUGCCCGGCAUUUGAUUUACAUCACGGGGUGGUCCGUUUACACGAAGAUAUCGUUGGUUAGAGACCCGGCGAGACAGAAACCCGGCGGGGAGAUGUUUCUCGGCGAUCUGCUAAAGACGAAAGCCAAGGAAGGGGUUAACGUUCUGGUCCUGGUUUGGGACGACCGGACAUCCAUCGAGGUUUUCAAGAGGGAUGGAUUAAUGGCAACCCACGACCAAGAAACCUACGAUUAUUUCCGGGAUACGGGUGUCCAUUGUUUCCUAUCCCCGAGAAAUUCCGAUUACGGGAGCUCCAUUCUGCAAGGAAUCCAGUUCACCACCAGAACAACAGUGUUCACUCACCACCAGAAAACACUGAUAGUGGAUAGCGAGCUCCAUGGCGGCGGCAGUUCUGGAAAGCGGACUAUUCUUAGUUUCCUGGGUGGGAUUGAUCUCUGUGACGGCCGGUAUGAUACCAGGGAACAUUCGUUAUUCCGGACAUUAAACACAACCCACAAGGAGGAUUUCCACCAGCCCAAUUUCCUAGGAGCGAAUGUGAAUAAAGGCGGCCCGAGGGAGCCCUGGCACGACAUUCAUUGCAGGUUAGAAGGCCCUGCGGCCUGGGAUGUGCUCUAUAAUUUCGAGCAGAGAUGGAAGAAACAUAUCGGGGAUAAGUACAUAUACUCCAUGAAGGAGCUCCAAGGAUUAACUAUCCGCCCCUCAGAAUUCCCGGUUUCGGAUGAUCCCGAGAGGUGGAACGUUCAGAUUUUCCGGUCCAUCGACGGGAACGACGCCGCUGGGUUCCCCGGGAACCCCGUGGAGGCAGCGGAGAGUGGGCUGAUAACUGGGAAAAACCACGUGAUUGAUCAUAGCAUUCAAGAUGCAUAUAUCAAUGCCAUUCGUCGCGCCAAGAAUUUCAUCUACAUUGAGAACCAGUACUUCCUGGGGAGCUCGUAUGGAUGGAGUGCUUCAAAGGAGUUCAAAUUGGAGGAUAUUGGCGCGAUUCAUUUGAUCCCGAAGGAGCUGAGUUUGAAGAUUGUGAGCAAGAUUGAGGCCGGGGAGAGGUUCACGGUGUACGUUGUGAUCCCGAUGUGGCCGGAAGGGGUGCCGGAGAGUGAAAGUGUGCAGGCGAUUCUUGAUUGGCAAAGGAGGACGAUGGAGAUGAUGUACACUGAUAUUGCUUCUGCUUUGAACGCUAAGGGAAUUUCUGCAGAUCUUAGGGAAUACUUGACGUUCUUUUGCCUGGGGAAUCGCGAAAUCAAGCUCCCAGAUGAGUAUGAUCCUCCUGAGAAGCCUAGUCCUGACAGUGAUUAUGCCAGGGCUCAAGAAUCCAGGCGCUUCAUGAUCUAUGUCCACUCCAAAAUGAUGAUAGUUGAUGAUGAGUACAUUAUAAUUGGAUCUGCCAACAUCAACCAACGCUCAAUGGACGGGGCGAGAGACUCAGAGAUCGCGAUGGGAGGGUACCAACCGAUGCACCUGGCACGCCCUGAUCAACCGGCUAGAGGGAAGAUUUUCGGGUUCAGAAUGGCCUUAUGGUGUGAGCACAUGAACUAUGUAGACGACUCGUUCUUCCACCCUGAAAGUCUAGAAUGCGUGAAGACAGUAAACGCCAUUGGCGACGAGAACUGGAGCAUGUAUAUAAGCGCGACGCAGGAGAAAGAUCUUCCAGGCCAUCUUCUCACCUACCCUGUACAUAUCUCACCAAAGGGAGAGGUCCAAGGACAUGCAGGAGUGGAAAGCUAUUUCCCAGACACCAAAGCUCCCAUUCAUGGCACCAGAUCUGUUUAUCUCCCACCAAUCCUCACUACUUAAUUUGGGGUUCCAAGAAAUGCACUUCAGACAUUAAUAUUUCUUCCAAUGUGACAAAAAAAGUAUUAAGGUUACCUUAAA